CGUGAGCCGAUAAACGCAAAAAAGUGUUUUGAACAUAUAUUUUAAAAAGCAGCUUUAGGUUUAGAAAAGGGCGGACAGCUGACGGACGCCAGCCAAUCAAAUGCUAUUGAAGGGCUAAUUAUGAUUAUGUAUUAUGGUUCACAUGCAGCGCGGCCACGUUCAAUUCACUACUAGUACACAAAGCCGGGCACCAGGUUCGGGGGGCUCACGUUUAUCUCACGUUGAAACACACGGAGCUCCGUCGAAUCCGCCGCCGGUAGGUUUUAAUGCUCUUAAGCCCUAUAAGCCAGCGUCUCCGACUGUAGCCAACACGAAACAGCUGUUACUGGUCAUAUGCAGAAUGCCUGGCAGGGAAAAUGGAAAAAGCCGAUAUUUCAUUUACGAUUUAUCAACCGCUUUGGAGGAACUUCGUUUCACCAGAGCGUUUGGACCGGGGAUUUUGGCGGCCUUAUUCUACGGAGUUAUCUCAGGAUCUAUGUCGUUUGUUAACAAGAUUGUUUUGACUUCCUACACAUUUCACUUUCCUAAUGCUCUGAUGUUAGCACAAGUGAUCAUGUUGUCUGUACUUCUUGAAGCUGGAAGACUUUUAGGAUAUUCCAGUAUGCCAAAGUACACUUUAGAGAGAGGAAAGAAGUUUUUUAUUCCAUCAGUAUGUUUUGCACUUCACACAACGUUGGCCCUUCAAGCUCUUGAUUAUUUAAGCAUACCAAUGUACAAUGUCUUAAGAAGACUGCUCCCUUUGACAAGUUUGCUGUUUGCUUGUUGUAUGUUAAAAAAGAAACCUUCACUGCUGGUUGUCAUUGCUGUCAUGCUAGUUGUGGUUGGUUGUAUUACUGCAGGUUUUGGAGAUCUGGAGUUUUCAAUAUAUGCCUACAUCUCUGCAUUGGCUAGUGUUGUUUGCCAGUCGUUCUAUCUCACAUACAUCCAAAAGUCUGGCGUGGAAGAGGGGCUGUCGACUGUGACUGUGCUUUUCACAAACAGUGUCAACUGCGUCCCUCUUUUACUUAUUUACACAUUAUGCAACAAGGAGCUGUUUUCUGCUCUCGCAUUUGAUGGACUGAGCAUGGCUGGCUUUCAGGCUGCAAUUGUUUUUGAUGUCAGCAUGGGCUGUAUCUUGAGUUAUUCUCUAUUUUUAUGCACAACAAUGAAUUCUGCAUUGACAACAAGCCUUGUUGGAGUUGUCAAAGGUGUUUUAACAACCAUCAUUGGGUUUUAUACAUUUGGUGGCGUAGCAGUGACAGCUCUCACCGUACUUGGGGUACUCCUCAACACCCUAGGAGGGGCGUUAUACAGCUACGCUAAAUAUACAGAAAACAUGGCGAAAGGAAUUCAGAAGCACUUCCACAAACACACGAUUAAAGUGAACCCUGCAAUGGACUCUACGGAAACGAAAAAGAAUGGAAUGGUUGAUCACAAUCACAAGAUUAAAAAUGGUAUUGUGCCUGAUGCGGUGAUCACAGUGAAUAAAAAUGAGGAUGUGGUGGUGGAUUUUGAGAACAGAAGAGCUAGCACAGAUGGAAGUUUAAGUUCUUCAGAUUCUAGUGUAGGAUGACUGACAGUUUAACCUUAAUGUCAUAAGUCUUGUCAGCAAUCUUGAGUUGUUAUUUUGCCUUUCAAUGCAAAUAAAUUGUCUGACAGACAGGUAAUAAGGGACCAUUCACAGCCACUCUGUUUCUCUCAAUGUGUAAAUAAUGCCAAAAGGAGAAACUGUAAGUGAAGCAUGCUCAUAACAUGAGCUGGUGGGUGUGGAAGGCAUAGUGGAAGAGAAAAAUGAGAAACGGUUUUUCUUCGUCCUCAUAUGUUCCUCACUCCACUUGCUCUCUGCACUCCAGCUUAUUUCCAGUUCCCUUGCAUUUCUCUUUGGACAUUCAACAAAUCUGAGAAAAUGGAGGGACUGCAAAUAACUUGAAAUUAAGAGUCAUUAAUAUCAUCAACUUUGUGAUAAAGUUUGACUUGAAAUUAAGAGUGAUUAAUAUCAUCAACUGCGCGAUAAAAUUUGACCUGAUAUAGCGUGAGUUGUGAAUGGUCCUUGUAUUACACCCCGUCUCCAGGAAAGUGUGUUUUAACUGUCAUUAUUCAAAAUUUUAUUGAUUAACUUUUUGAAUUGAUUUUUAAUUCAAGAAGACUAAUGUGUUGUUCCAGAAAAUGCCAUACCCCCACAAAAGGUUUUUUUGUGCUGGACCCCCCCUCCCCAUUCUUAACUGCAACAAGUUUGCAUAUGAGACCCCUAGCCCUCUCAGUAUUUGUGUAAGGGGUGGGUAUGGAUUUUUCUGGAGAUGCACAAUGUGAAAGGAAAAUCAUAUUUUCUCCUGAUAUGAAAUAUUUAUAGACUAAUUGAUGACGGAAAAUGCUAUGGUUGGUCAAUCUUUCUGUUACUGAAGAAGUGAUAGGCAAGCAUCUACAAAUGAAAAAUAAAAUAUCUAUUAUAUCUAGUGUAUCUACUUUAUCCAUACUUAUUAUUGUCACUUUGUGGCUCCAUUUCUGACUAAGAAAUGGAAAAUCCUUUGAAACCAGCUUAGUCACUAGGCAAUUACGAUAUAAUAAUAUUGUCCCUGUAAACUACAUGUCAAUUUUAGUCAAAUCAUUGAAUACUUAGAAAAUAUUUAUCACAUGGAAUUUGUGGCUCCUGUCCAGAACAUGUUCUGGACAAGUCUGGAGGGAUGGAGUGAGGGUUACAUAAAAUGGAAAUUCUGGGGAGGUGGGGGAUCUUAUGUGAGAUUCCGUCCAUGGUGAGGGUAUGGAUAUUUUGUGGAACUACACAAGUGCAAAUAAACACUUGAAUGUACGAUCAGUACUCAGCUGAUUGGAAAUUACACUAUAUAAUUUUGUAGUCACUUUUGUAUAGUGUUAAAAGACAUACCUAUAACUUUACAUUACAUUUUGUUAGUAUUAUUUUCAAAGAGAUUGAAAUACAGCCGCUUUGUGGAAACCUAACCUAGGAACUCUUAAGAAACUUUGGGAGGCCACAGAGGCAUUCUGGUUUAUUUAAAAUGUGGGAUUCUUCCCAGAAGACAUUCUCUUGUUUGCAUUAGGUUGUAUAAAAUCUUCUUCCAUGUUGUUUGUUAUAGUACAAACUGGAAACUUAGAAAUAACAAAGUGUAGUGUUUAAAAUAACUUUUGGACAGACUAUAGUGUAUAGAAUAUAGAGAACAAUAUUUAAGUACUGAAUGUAAUGACUACUUGACUGUUCAUUCUUGGCAUAUGGUAUACAUUUUCUUAAAUUUUGUCAAGUUAUGUCAUACACGAUAAUUUAAAGUGAAUAUUCUUUUAUCA